CUUCUCAUAUCACCACAUCAGCUUCCUGCUAUAUCCCCUCCACUUUUCUCUGGACUGGAUAUCUUCUCUCUUUCUCCACUUAACAAUGGCGACGCUUCAAUCUCUUGCGCUUUACUCUCCCAUCUCUUACGCUUCCCCAAAGACUCGCUCUGUUUCAGGCAAGGCUGGUUGGUCUGUUCAAGGAAGUGCAAUGUCCACAUUCAGCGGGAAAUCAUUAAGUUUGUGUGGAUCGAUUUGGGCUAGUCGAAGAAAAAGACAAGGUUUUGGUUCUUACAGACUUAGAAUAAUGAUGGUGAAAACCAAGAUUCAAUUCAUUCAAGGAACAGACGAGCUGACAAUUCCAGAUGUGAGGCUUACUAAAUCAAGAGAUGGUACAAAUGGAAUGGCCAUAUUUAGAUUUGAUCAGCCUUCUGUUUUUGAUUCUUCGGGUGGUCGUGAAGUGGGUGACAUUACUGGCUUCUACAUGAUCGACGAAGAAGGUGUUCUUCAGUCAGUUGAUGUCAGUGCUAAAUUUGUCAAUGGGAAGCCUUCUGUAAUUGAAGCCAAGUAUAUUAUGCGAACUCCUAGAGACUGGGAUAGAUUCAUGAGAUUCAUGGAGAGAUACUCUAAUGAUAACGGUCUUCAGUUCGUCAAAAGUUGAAGAAUCUAAGUAUAUUCACCUUUCUAAUAACUACACUUUUUUAAUUCAUCGGCCAUAUUAUUGGAUAUGAGCAGCAUCUUGUACAAGUUUGAGUGUAUUUUCCUAAAGAAUUUUGGUUUGGUCAAGAUUAAGGAUAAAUUUGACAUUAAACCAUAUUUCAAUCUUUCAUUUUACCUCUUACCCUUACAAACUA